GCUCGAUCGUCGGGAGCGGCCCCGCCAAUGCCACGCGUCCGUUGGCGCCAAGAACCCGCGUCGAAACGUACUAGCAGCUAGCUAAACAUAGCACGCCUCCGCCGCAUAUAAGCGGCCAGCGUCGCCGUCCACCUCUCGCCUCACCGUACCACACCCAGCCAGAGACCAAGGUACGUAGCUACUAUCAAGAUGGUAAUGGCGGGAAGAAGCAAUGCCGCCGCCCCGGCGGUGGCGGUGGCGGUGGCGCUGUGCGCGGCGCUGCUCGGGAGCACGGCGUGGGCGUUGCCGCCGUACCAGCCCCUGCCCCUGCCCAAGCCGCCCGGCGGCGGGGCGCCGUCGCUGCCGGCGGGGCCCCUGGACAUCGUGAUGCUUGGGGCCAAGGGCGACGGCAAGACGGACGCGACGCAGGCGGUGAUGAAGGCGUGGAAGAACGCGUGCGGGGCGACGGGGACGCAGAAGAUCGUGAUCCCGCCGGGCAACUUCCUGGUGGGCGCGCUGGAGCUGUCGGGCCCCUGCACCUCCUCCAUCAUCAUCCGGCUGGACGGCAACCUCCUCGGCACCGGCGACCUCACCGCCUACAAGAAGAACUGGAUCGAGGUGAUGCGCGUGGACAACUUCGCCAUCAACGGCCACGGCGUCAUCGACGGCCAGGGCCCCCUCGUGUGGGAGAAGAACAUGUGCAGCAAGCACUACGACUGCAAGAUCCUCCCCAACAGCCUGGUGCUGGACUACGUGAACAACGCGACGAUCCGCGGCAUCACGCUCAAGAACGCAAAGUUCUUCCACCUCAACCUCUUCAACUGCAAGAACGUGCUGGUGGAGAACGUGGAGAUCACGGCGCCCGGGAACAGCCCCAACACGGACGGCAUCCACAUGGGCGACUCGGAGGACGUGACCAUCAAGGCGACCAACAUCGGCGUCGGCGACGACUGCAUCUCCAUCGGGCCCGGCACCAAGCACGUCAAGAUCCACGGCUCCCGGUGCGGCCCCGGCCACGGCAUCAGCGUGGGCAGCCUGGGGCGGUACAAGGACGAGAAGGACGUGGAGGACAUCCAGGUGACCAACUGCACCAUCAAGGGCGCCACCAACGGGCUGCGGAUCAAGUCGUACGAGGACUCCAAGUCGGCGAUCAGGGCCACCCGCUUCGUGUACGACGACGUCAAGAUGGACAACGUCUCCUACCCCAUCGUCAUCGACCAGAAGUACUGCCCCAACAACAUCUGCGCCAAGGCCCCCGGCGCCUCCAAGGUGGUCGUCGCCGACAUCGUCUUCAAGAACAUCGUCGGCACCUCCGCCACGCCCGAGGCCGUCACGCUCAACUGCGUCAACAACGUGCCCUGCCAGGGCCUGCAGCUCGUCAACGUCAACCUCAAGUACACCGGCACCAACAACAAGACCAUGGCCGUCUGCAAGAACGCCGUCGGCACGUCCGUCAACGUCGUCAAGGAGCUCGCAUGCCUCUGAUUCAAACCACACACCCACCCACCCGGAUCCGGAUUCUUUCUUUCUUUUGUUAAUUUGAUUUGAUUAAUUUUGUUUCUUUCUUUUUUGCUUCCUAUCAUACGUUUGUUUUCAGUUUUACUUAAAUCAACAACUGGUGUAAGCAGCUGACAGUUAACUUGUCAAUGAUAGCAAGUGCCUGAUUUUUGUUAA